AUGGAAGCAAGUCAAAAUCAGUCUGCAAACUUCAAUUCAAUGGAUCCCCAAUCAAUCGCAAACUUCCUAAGUCAGAUUUCAGCAAUCCAAGCUCAUGUGGCCAAGAACACAGGCAAUCCGAUGCAAGAUCCAGCAAGUCCAUAUUUUUUGCAUCCUGGUGAAAGUCCUGGUAAUCAUUUAAUUCCAGUUACAUUGAAUGCACAUAACUACAACUCUUGGAGCAGAGCCAUGUUGUUAGCCUUGAAAUCAAAGAACAAACUGAAGUUCAUUGAUGGUUCGAUAACAAAACCAAAUGAGAAUGAUCCCUUAUUCGAAGCCUGGGAGAGGUGCAAUACGUACAUUGUGUCAUGGAUAAAUCUGUCCUUGAGUCCAGAUAUUGCAGGAAGUGUCAUAUGGAAUAACAGUGCCUCAGAUCUUUGGAGAGAUUUAAGACGCAGAUACUAUCAAGGUGACAAGUUCAGAGUGGCUGAAUUACAAGAGGAACUCUUUCAAUUGAAGCAAGGAGAUGCUAGUAUAACAGCUUACUACACAAAGCUGAAAUCGAUUUGGGAGGAUUUGGACAAUUUUAGGCCCGUUCCUAACUGUGAAUCUUGUGAUUCAAUUUGCUCUUGUGGAUUGAAAGUCAUGAGAGAGUAUAGACACGAAGACCACACAACCAGAUUUCUCAAGGGACUUAGUGAACAAUAUUCAGUUCCUAGAUCACAAUUGAUGCUUAUGGAUCCUCUGCCUGACAUUGACACUGCCUUUUCCAUGCUUACACAGCAGGAGCGACAAUUUAAUGAAUCUCAAGAAACCAAAAUCUUCUUCAACAAAGCAACACCAAACUUCAAUGAUGAUAGAAAUAAAGGGAGAGGCAAAGGAAGAGGAAGAUCUAAUCCAAUUGGAAGAGAAAAUGAGAAUUAG